UGAAACUCGGAGCUCUUUGAAAUUCACGGCGGACCCGGGGAGAUACGAGCACCGGAAGAGAAAAAAAUGGCGGAGGAGGCGAUUCUAGGGUUUCUGCAGAACAACGAAAAUAUCGCAGAUUCCGGUCAAUUCGCCGCCGAACAUAACCUUAACCACGACGAACUCGUCAAUGUCGUCAAGAGCUUACAAGCUUUUCGUUACAUCGAGACUCAGGACAUUAGAUGAGAGUCAUUGGUUUUGACUGAGGAAGGGAAGAAAUAUGCUGUGGAAGGAUCCCCCGAGGUACAGCUUUUCUUGGCUGUUCCUGCGGAAGGUAGCAUAUCGAUGGAUGAACUCAAGAGAAAACUAGAUCCUUCUGUCUUCAAUAUUGGCCGUUCACAAGUUGGAAAACACAACUGGGUGCAACUGGGAAAGCAAGUUUCUAGGAAGGUUCAACACGUUAAAGAUAAAGUGAAGAACUUGCUUUUACAAAUACAGGAAGGAAUGGAGCUUGACGAAUCAAGUCUCAAUUCUCUCAAAACCAGAAGCCUUAUAGAAUCAAAGGAAUGGAAGGGCUAUUCCGUAAAGAAAGGUCCUAACUAUGCUCCCAAAAGAAAGAAAUUUGCCACCGACUUGACGCGAGAAAAUCUACAAACCUGGAAAGAGCUACAAUUCAAGGAGUAUAAUUUCAAUGCUAAAGGACAGCCUCUUGAUGCUGGGCAUCUUCAUCCCCUUCUCAAGGUACGGAAGCAGUUGAAAGACAUAUUCCGCCAGAUGGGAUUUGAAGAGAUGCCAACAAACAACUUUGUGGAGAGCAGCUUCUGGAAUUUUGAUGCACUGUUCCAACCUCAGCAGCAUCCUGCUCGUGACUCUCAUGACACCUUCUUUCUAAAAGCUCCUUCAACUACAAGGGAAUUGCCAGAAGAUUAUGUUGAGAGGGUGAAACAAGUUCAUGAGUCUGGUGGAUAUGGAUCGAGAGGGUAUAACUAUGAUUGGAAAAGAGAGGAAGCAAACAAAAAUCUCCUUCGUACCCACACAACGGCGGUCUCAUCUAGGAUGCUAUAUGCACUCGCGAAGAAACCUUUCACUCCCAAGAAGUACUUUUCUAUAGACCGUGUCUUCAGAAACGAGGCUGUUGACCGAACCCAUCUGGCAGAGUUCCAUCAGAUUGAAGGUUUGGUCUGUGACCGUGGCCUUACGUUGGGUGAUCUCAUCGGUGUAUUACAUGACUUCUUCUCACGCUUAGGGAUGUCCAAGCUGCGUUUCAAGCCUGCCUACAACCCUUACACCGAACCAAGCAUGGAGAUUUUCGGCUACCAUGAAGGUUUAGGGAAAUGGGUAGAAGUGGGAAACUCUGGCAUGUUCAGACCAGAGAUGUUGCUACCUAUGGGUCUCCCAGAAGAUGUUAGAGUCAUUGCAUGGGGUGUCUCUCUUGAAAGACCAACAAUGAUUUUAUACGGCAUCGACAACAUCCGUGAUCUGUUUGGACACAAGGUGGAUCUUGAUCUCAUUAAACGGAAUGCCAUCUGUCGCAUUGGAAUCGAGUGAGAUGGAUUUGGAUUGUGUUUGUGACAGUUUCCUUGAUUCAGUUUUGCUCUGGGGAGUAAACUUACUCAGCAUGACAUACAAAAUGGAAUACACAAUUCUAGGAACCUUUAAUUUCAUUCUAUUACGGCCCUGUUCUUGCGUGCCGACGUUGUGAACAAAGCACAGACGGAGUCCAUCUUAACUUUGUACAAGACAUUGAAAAAUGAAUGUUUAUAUUAAUAUUUCUAAAUGAAGACUAAUUUACACAUGUCA